AUGGGGGACAAUCAAGAUGCAUCAGCCCAGCCGGGCCAAGUCGACUUCUGCACUUUGGGAAUGUUUAUUCUCGAUGACAUUGACUUUGGCGGCUCAAAACCAGGCGUCAAGAAUGUUCUCGGAGGUGCUGCCUCGUUUGCUGUUGUAGGUGCCCGCUUGGUGGCAGGCUCGGCGCAUGGACGAGCAGUCAGCUGGAUUGUCGAUGUUGGAUCCGACUUCCCACCUGAGACUCUGGCAGCGAUCCAGUCAUGGGGCACGGAUUGUGUGAUUCGAGAAGAUCAUAGCCGACUGACCACGAAGGCCUGGAAUGGUUAUCAUCCAAAUGAGAAGCGAGAUUUCAAGUACCUUACUCCUAAACUAAGGCUGGAGCCUCAUAUGCUUUCAGAUACCCAGGUCUGGUCACGGACUUUCCACAUGGUCUGCUCACCAUCGCGUUGUAUAUCUAUUGUAGACGAUAUCCUCAACCGGCGUGAUAAGCUCCGACAUGCAGGCCAAGUUUAUUCGACAGAACAUGCCCCGGAACGACCUAUCUUUGUUUGGGAGCCAGUGCCCGACCUUUGUACUCCAGAAGAACAAGAAAAGUUCUUCGCGGCUAACCGUGUGGUGGAUGUGGUCAGUCCCAAUCAUCUCGAGCUGGGUAUGAUGUUCGAGCAGCCUGGAUGGAGCACGGAAAGCAAAGAAAGCCGGCGACUGGUGAAGCGGAUCAUUGCAUCCGGCAUUGGACCUACUGGAGAUGGCUGUCUGGUUAUUCGGGCAGGGAAAGAAGGGAGCUACGCCUACUCCAGGGCGCAGGAAAUCUGGCUACCGGCCUAUCAUCAACCCGAUACUUCAAGUGCCAGUCUUGUACUUGAUCCUACAGGUGCAGGCAACUCAUUCCUGGGUGCACUAGCUCAAGGAAUGGUGACCGUUGGCCGCGAACCCUUCAGAGUUAUAGAGUCCAUCCUGUCACAGUCCAAGGCAUGGAAAGAAGGAAUGGUCUCCUGGGGCGAGCGUCAAGAUCUGCCUAUGGCACUCAUCUGCGCCACUGUCGCAGCGGGCUUUGUGGUAGAGCAGAUUGGUGUCCCGCAAAUAUCUGAGGCAAGCGAUGGCAAGGAAUUGUGGAAUCAGUCUGAAUUCACGGAACGGGUCCGCCUGUACACGCAGCGAUUAUUUAGGACAUUGGAGGAGUCUCCCCAGAGACACCUGUUGACCAAUUGA